AUGUGCCACUCACUGAAGUUCUCAACAUUGACUCUGGCGCUCGGGGUCUUCGUAUGGCAAACCGCUUUCAUCAACACCCAACCCCCUUUUUGUCCUGCGGAAAGUAAGGUAUCGGACGCGGCACUGUCAGAAUGCUUGUCAUCAAGCGGACAAGCCAAACUGGACUGUAACUGCAAAAAGUUUUGGCCAGCUCAAAUUGCUUACGGUAAAUGUUUGAAACUGUCCACCGUCAAUGAUGCGAGGGAGCUGGCGGAUAGUUGCUCCCGCGCUGCCAUCGGACAGGCGGCGCCAACGUCGACCUCGUUGUCACCAUCUACUAUGAUAGCAACCGGAGGUACGGCGACCGAAAUAACUUUUCCGGGCCGCGGGGGCGGGGCUACUGUCGGUCCUAUCGCUGAGACCACCGAAAUCGCAAAGCCUGCCUCUAGUGCAGGCGCAGUGGCAAGCCCACCCCGGACGAUGCCUUUGACAACCUCGGUCUUCCCCGCCAUGACGACCGGAGUCCUCACUGAUGACCAGAUUCCGGAAGAAAUCAAACGAGCAGCGAAUACGGAGCCGUCUAUUCUGGUCUCCAGCAACGCUGAAUCGUCCUUUACGGAUGUUUCCGAGGCCUCGCUGGAAGCCUCGGAUGUUUCCGAUUUGGACAGCAUACGCAGGAAGUUCACGGCCACAUCACGGACCCUGCAGAAUUUACGGCAAGGGGUUAUAACCGUUACGAAGAACGCAUUCAAAUUGGGUGGUGUGAUUACCUGCGUAUCCCAGCUGGGACUCCACGCAUUCAAGGUCUUCACUGGUGGCUUUUCUGCUGUGGAUUCUUCGGGUACGAUGCUUGCGGCAGCUAUGAGCGAUGUCGCAUAUUCAACCAACCCCGAUGUACAAGCAUCUGCCGUCAGCAAUGGGAUUAUUGGCGGGGUCAACUGUCUGUCGCCAUCCAACUACGGAUCUGUCGGACGACGCGAUGUGACGGGAUUGUCAUUGCCGCAGUCGGACAAUGACACCCUCUGGUACGGCUUUCACUACAACGCCUCGCACUUUCACCUCGCCGUUUUCAAGAAUGGAAAAGCUCGAGCCCUCAGCGUUGCUCCGCUAACCGUAGUGAACUCGCCCACCUUGAGCGUAAAGGUUAUCACCGCCGACUUAAGCCCGGUUUCACCGGUCAAUAGUGGCGGAAGUUCGGAUUCUAGCUCUAGCGGGACCAAUACAGGAAACGUGGGAUCCUCUGGUUCGAGGAACUCCUAUACCAACGAAGCAACAGACUUGGGUUCCAAGUCCCUCAAGGCUCUUAUAGGUGGAGUUGUUGCUGGGGCUGCCGGACUCGCUGCAGGCCUAGGAUAG